UAGAAAGGUAAGGAAGUUUCAAAGAGGGUUGAAAGCUUCCAUUAGGAACAGGGUGGUUCCUCAAAUGCUAAAGACUUAUGAUGAGGUCUUGGCCACGGCUCAAAUAAUUGAGCAAGAUAUGGAGGAGCAAAGAAUGGAGACUUAUGACUCAAAAGGCAAGGGAAAGGCUAUCAACACCCAGCCUUUCAAUAAGAAGCCUGAACAAAGGGGAAAAAGGAAGAUCCCCGAAAGCAACCGACCAAGUUCUGAUCUUUGUAAGAGGUGCGGUAAAAACCAUGGGGGAAAAGAAUGUUAUUGGCAGAUUGGGGCAUGUUUCAAGUGUGGGAAGACUGACCACUUGAUCAAGGAUUGCCCGGUUCUCAAGGGAGUAAGUCAGCAGCCAAAGGAUCAAGAUAAUAAGAAGCCCAGGGUUCAAGGAAGAGUUUUUGCCAUUACAGAACAACAAGCUCAAAACACUCCUACAGUUAUAAAAGGUAAAAUAUCUAUCUCUUUUGGGAAUGCCCAUGUGUUGAUUGACUCUGGAUCUACCCACUCAUUUGUGUCACCUAAGUAUGUGCCAUUUUUGCAUGUGGAGCCUGAAACCCUUGAUUGUGUGCUUAUGGUGAAUACUCCUUCUAAGGAGGUUUUAACAUCAAAAACCAUUUAUAGAUCUUGUAGAGUUAUGGUAGAGGGUAGAGUUUUGCUUGCCGAUCUGAUUUUGUUAGGGAUAGUGGAAUUUGAUGUCAUACUUGGCAUGGAUUGGUUGUCUACCCAUUAUGCCAUGGUUGAUUGUUAUGAGAAAGUGGUUACUUUUUUCGCUCCUAACCAGCCUAUGAUUCGGUUUGAAGGAGAAAAAGUUGGAUCAUUUCCAUUACUUGUUUCUUGCAUGCAAGCUGAUAAGAUGUUGCAGCAUGAGUGUUAUGGAUAUCUGGUAUAUGUUUUUGAAUCUAAAGACAAGCCGGUGUCUGUAGAAGGAAUUUGGGUAGUGGAAGACUUUCCUGAUGUUUUCCCUAAGGAGUUGCUUGGGUUGCCUCCAAAUAGGGAGAUUGAGUUUACUAUAGACCUUAUGCCUGGUACUGCACCAAUAUCCCAGCAACCUUAUAGAAUGGCCCCAGCAGAAUUAAUUGAAUUGAAAAAGCAGUUGCAAGAGCUUCUUGAUAAGGGUUUCAUUAGACUCAGUACUUUUCCCUGGGGUGCUCCGGUUCUUUUUGUGAAAAAGAAAGAUGGCUCACUUAGAUUGUGCAUUGACUAUAGACGGUUGAAUCAAGUCAUCGUCAAGAAUAAAUAUCCUUUGCCAAGGAUCGAUGAUUUGUUUGAUCAGUUACGAGGGGCUCGUGUCUUUUCCAAAAUUGAUCUUAGAUCGGGUUAUUAUCAAUUAAAGGUUAAACCCGAGGAUGUGAUGAAGACUGCUUUUAGGAGCAGAUAUGGGCACUACGAGUUCCUG